AUGCGCAUCUACUCAACUCAGCUACUGGCUGCUGUUGUGUUCAUCGAUUGCCUCUCUAGGUACCCCGCCUCAGGCUCGAAGACGGCGCGACCUGAUGUUCCUUCCGUUGGUCAUCCCGAUGGCCAUGCGGACGACAUCAGUGACGAUAUCGCGCAACGAAACGACGAAGACGAGAGCGAAGCGAGGAUUGGAAUAUCACCGGGCGAAAUCUUAGCGUUUGCGGAGAAGUCACAAGCCAUGAAGCGUCCUGAGUCGAGCCGAACGAUUCCGCGAGAGCUCGAUCUGAUUUCGCGCGUGGGAAAAGCGAGUCCUGAGCUGAGCGAAACGGUGGCGAAAAGGCUUUCGCAAGAACCAGACCACCCAAAGCCUCUGCUCGAUCUGAUUUCGGGCGUGGGGAAAGAGAGUCCUGAGCCGAGCGAAACGGUGGCGAAAACGCUUUCGCAACAACCAGACCACCCAAAACCUCUGCUCGAUCCUAUUUCGCGCAUGGAAAAGGAGCAGGCGCAUGUCGUGGUUCCUCAUUCGACGGACAUCGAGAGGAUCAUCGAAGAGCUGAAAGCGCGUGCGGAUUUGCAUCCUGUGACGGAUGAAACGUGGACACUUCUGAAGAAGUAUGCAGAAAACGAUAAAGCGGAUGAUUCGACACUGCGCAAUGGUAUUGGUGGCUUUACUGAACUCGCGAUUGCUUUGCGGAAAGCUAAGGCGAAAGGUCUUGACAAGGAUGAGGCACGUGCGGUGGAGAUCAGGAUGCUAAGUUUCUUGCAGGUCAAGAAAGCCACCAAUGAAGUAGCAUUUAACGGUCUGGGGCUCAAAGAUGUGAUUGAGAAAGAAGGCCUGACAAACAACAAUCUGGCUCUAUGGAAGGAGUACAUUGAUUGCUACAAACCGAAUAAUAGAGGCAAUAAUGCUCGUUUGGAUUCGAGCCUACUAUACAUUUUCCGUGGCGACGAAAUGAAAGUCUUACAAAUUAUUGCGGACGCUGAAGAGGGAUUAAAUCUUGCCUCUAUGAUGCUAAACGGGUUCAUUAGAAAAAAAAUGCUUGGUGGAAAUUCAAACUACAGAGUCAAGAAUCUUGUGAAGCUGCUCCUCGAGGCAAAAAUGAGUGCAUCUAUGAUUCACGAUGUACUGGAGAUUCUUCGGAAAGAAAAAUUUCAAUCGGACCGCGAAGGAGAAUGGAAGGAGUUGACGUCAGCUUUGCAGAAUACGCUGGCUAGUGGCUGGGACGACGCCGUCAAAAAAGCUGUGAGGGAGAUGAAGCCGCGCAAAAAACGGGAAACGAAGAGGAAGGCAAACACUGCAUUGACACUCGAGCUUGCACCAGCGCGAAAAAAACGAGCUCCGAGGGGCCAAAAGAGAAAGAAACCUUCCAUUCGGCGUUAG